AUGCGCGUAUCACUUUCAGUAUCGCUCGCGGCAUUGAGUUUGCUGGGACCUACUGCGGCCUAUCCUUCCGUGGGGGCUGAAGCAGUCCUCGGCAGUCAUACCAACACGGCCAAAACCACCCAGCAGAAGGCGGAAGCAGUUAAAGAAGCUUUCCAACAUGCAUGGGAUGGUUAUAUGAAAUACGCAUAUCCUCACGACGAGCUACACCCCGUGAGCAAUGGAUAUGGCGACUCCAGAAACGGGUGGGGAGCUUCCGCAGUGGAUGCCCUCUCCACGGCCAUUAUCAUGGGUAAAUCGGAUGUGGUCAACACGAUCCUGAAGCAUGUCGCGGAAAUUGACUAUAGUACGACCUCCUCGCAGGUCAGCCUGUUCGAGACAACUAUCCGCUAUCUGGCGGGAAUGUUAUCAGGCUAUGACUUGCUCAAGGGACCGGCUUCCCACUUGGUCGAUGAUUCGGACCUCGUGGAUACUCUAUUAGUCCAGGCUAAAAACCUGGGUGAAGUUUUGAAGUUUGCGUUUAACACUACAUCGGGCGUCCCGUAUAACAACCUGGAUAUCUCCAGCCAGGGCAAUGAUGGGGCCUCAACCAACGGCCUCGCUGUGACAGGCACUCUUGUGCUUGAAUGGACUCGUCUUUCGGACCUGACUGGGGACGAUGAAUACGCCGAACUCAGCCAGAAGGCCGAGUCCUAUCUUUUAAACCCGCAACCGUCUAGUGGCGAACCCUUUCCAGGCCUCGUGGGCAGUAACAUCAAUAUUGAAACUGGCGAGUUCACCGACGGCACCGUCUCAUGGGAUGGCGGUGACGACUCCUUCUAUGAGUAUCUGAUCAAGAUGUACGUGUACGACCCGAAGCGGUUUGAGACGUACAAGGACCGCUGGGUUCUCGCGGCCGAGUCAACCAUCAAGCAUCUUCAGUCUCACCCACAGACGCGUCCGGAUCUGACGUUCCUAACUUCGUAUUCGGGUGGCUCCUAUUCUCUCAAUUCGCAACACCUUACCUGCUUCGAUGGUGGCAGCUUCCUCUUGGGCGGCACCGUGCUGGACCGCCAGGAUUUCAUUGACUUCGGUCUGCAACUUGUCCAUGGCUGUGAGGAUACUUACAACUCGACCCUGACGAAGAUUGGCCCAGACUCCUGGGGCUGGGAUCCCAAACAGGUUCCGGACAACCAGAAGGAGCUGUACGAGAAGGCUGGCUUCUACAUCACCAGUGGUGCGUACGUGCUGCGACCGGAGGUCAUCGAGAGCUUUUACUAUGCGUACCGUGUCACCGGCAAUGAAAUGUACCGUGACUGGGUGUGGAACGCCUUUUCCGCAAUCUACACCAACUGCUACACCGACUCUGGCUUUGCCGCCCUGUCCAACGUCAAUGCUAAGGGCGGAGGCUCCAAGUACGAUAACCAAGAGAGCUUCCUUUUUGCCGAGGUCAUGAAGUACUCAUACCUCGCUCACGCGGAAGAUGCCGCAUGGCAAGUCCAGAAGGGAAGUGGGAACAAGUUUGUCUUCAACACUGAGGCGCACCCCAUGCAAGUGGUGCGAGACUAG